CCCUCUCCUCUAGGCUCUACGCCUGACAAACCUGUUUUUCUCUAUCACAAAUUUUGUUUCUCUCAAAGAAAACACAAACAUGGGUGGUUCGUCUUUGAUCGCCUAUUCUCUCCAUAUUCUCCUUCUCCUUCUCUUUCUCAUUUGCCCGGCUCUCUGUUCCCAGGAUCAAUCCCGCUACGCCAAACACAUUCUCCACACAGCCCAACAACGAGACAAACCUUGGCUUCUCUCAAUCAGAAGACGAAUCCACGAAUACCCAGAACUCAAAUUCCAAGAGCACAACACCAGUGCUCUUCUCCGCGCACAACUCGACCAGCUCGGCAUCUCUUACUCCUACCCACUUGCCAAAACCGGCAUUGUCGCCCAAAUCGGCACCGGCUCUCCCCCCGUCGUCGCUCUUCGCGCCGACAUGGACGCCCUCCCUUUGCAAGAGCUUGUUGAAUGGGAACAUAAGAGCAAGGUAGAUGGGAAAAUGCAUGGAUGUGGCCAUGAUGCUCAUACCACAAUGCUUCUUGGUGCAGCUAAGUUGCUUACUGAACGGAAAGAUAAGCUUAAGGGAACUGUGAGACUUCUUUUUCAACCUGGCGAGGAGGGUGGUGCUGGUGCAUCACACAUGAUAAAAGAAGGUGCUCUUGGUGAUGCUGAAGCAGUCUUUGGAAUGCACGUCGACUUUGAAACACCUACCGGAAGCAUAGCAUCCUUGGCAGGUCCUUUUUUGGCUGCUGUAUGCUUGUUUCAUGUAAAAAUAGUUGGGAAAGGCGGUCACGCAGCGUCUCCACAUCAUACCACGGACCCAGUACUUGCUGCAUCCUUUUCGAUUUUGGCAUUGCAACAGCUGGUCUCUAGGGAAAGUGAUCCCCUCAACAGUCAGGUGCUAUCCGUCACGUAUGUCAGAGGCGGGACUGCAACAAAUGUAAUCCCGUCACAUGUCGAAUUUGGUGGUACUUUGAGGAGUCUUACAACUGAUGGCUUGCUCCAACUCAUGCGUCGAUUGAAAGAGGUUGUUGAAGGACAGGCAGAUGUGCACCGAUGUACUGCGCACGUCGACAUGAAAGAAGAAGAAUAUCCGCCAUUGCCUGCUGUUGUGAAUGAUGAAAGCUUGCAUAUGCAUGUGAAGAGGGUUGGAGAGCUCAUGCUUGGCCCUGAGAAUGUCAAGGAUGCCAAGAAGGUGAUGGCAGGUGAGGAUUUUGCCUUCUAUCAGGAAUUAAUUCCCGGAACCAUGCUUAGCAUAGGAAUCCGAAACGAGGAAGUUGGUUCGAUCCACUCGCCUCACUCGCCUUUCUUCUUUCUUGACGAGGAUGUCCUUCCAAUUGGAGCUGCAUUAUAUGCUGCCCUUGCAGAGCUAUAUUUGGAUGAACACCAACAUUCAAGUGUACAGUAAAUUUUUCAGUGCUUAACUGUGAGAUUUAUGAACAAAUGCCAAUAAAUUUACACGUCUCUUUGUAUUCAUCUGUGGAUAGUAAAAUGGAAUCCAGAUGUAUUGAAGAACAAUUACUAGAGAAAAAAGAAAACC